GGCCUAGGAUCGGCAUGGAGGUCCUCCUCCGAGCUCUCCGCGUCCUUCCUUUCCGAGAGGUCCCUGGGCGCAGGGUUCGGGGCCUGUCAGGGACGCGCCGCGGGGACGCAGGGUCUCUUACGAAGUGUGAGUCCCCGUCUCUCACCAAGGCUGAGUGGCAGAAGAAACUGACCCCUGAGCAGUUCUACGUCACCAGAGAAAAAGGAACUGAGCCUCCUUUCAGUGGGACCUACCUGAACAACAAGGACCCGGGAAUGUACCAUUGUGUGUGCUGCGAUGCUCCACUCUUCAGCUCUGAGAAGAAGUUCUGCUCCGGGACUGGCUGGCCUUCGUUUUCAGAGGCUCACGGUACUUCCGGCUCCGAUGAAAGCCACACGGGGAUACUGAGACGUCUGGACACCUCCCUGGGAUCUGCACGCACCGAGGUGGUCUGCAAGCAGUGUGAUGCUCAUCUUGGCCAUGUGUUCCCCGAUGGACCUGCGCCCAGCGGCCAGAGGUUUUGCAUCAACAGUGUGGCACUGAAAUUCAAAGCAGGCAAACACUGACCCUCUCCACAGCCCAGAGAUUUUCAGAAUUCAGAUGUAUGACUCUUUUUAAUUUUUUUUAAGGACGAAAUGAGACUCACCUUGUUUAGUGAGCCACUCUCACUGGGGCUGUGGAAUUCCCCAGUCCUGACUAUGGAGGGAAAUGACAGCCAGGUCCUUCUACUGCUUUGAGAGGACCAUAGGGUUCAACUCUUGGGCGGCACCAGGAAGCUCUGGGGCAGAGUUAAAGCAUUUCUACAAAAUAACUCUGACUUCGACAUUGUCCUGGAGUCCUUUGCGAGCACAUAGAACAUGAGGGAAAUGUGUGAUUUCUUUUCAAAAUUUUAAAUCUCUCAAAAGACUUCAAAUGGUGGCACGCAAAUCAGCUACUCGAGUUUGCUAAACAUUACCCUCUCACCGUCUGGCUAUGGAACGAAACAUUAAAGUGUUCAAAUAAAAUAUUUAUCAAAAUUGA